AUGGUGUCUGGGGCGUCGAGCAUGAUCGAGAACCGCGCGGCGCAUCGACGUGUGCGCCUGAUGGGCGCAGGCGGGGCCGCAACGCCGCGAGAUGCUGGCGCUGGCAUGAGCACGAGCCUGCUGCGCCCCGGCGCCGGGGCAAACGCCGCCCGACCGGACGCGAAUGCUAGUCCCAGUUCAGCGACGCCUCGCGUGCGGCCUACUUUGAUCAACGGCGCACCACCCGCCUGGGAGGUGGGCCGUUUUCCUGCAGGCGUGCAGCCGCGUACCGCGCGGCCCCUGCAGCGGCCUGACGAGCGAAACCAGCCAGGCUCGACGCCCAUCUGCCAGAUCAGCGAGUCUCCGCGGGGAAACGCCCUGGAACAGCGCAGCACGGCCGGUGCCGCGCCUCAGAGGGGCGGAGGUGACGACGCCAUUCCGGGGCCGAUCAGCGACGCACAGCCGCAGGAGGACCUCGACGCGCGGCUCGCCCUGGUCCGUCAGAGGAUCUCCCACAUCCAGUCCAUCCGCAGAUCCCAGGUCCAGGCGUUUCUGCGGCAACAGGGCGUGGCGCGGCAACACGCUGCCCACGGGGACGCGCCCGCCGAGUCCCCCGCCGCGGUCCUGGCCGCGGACCUCGCGUCCGACCUCCGCAGGGACCUCGAGCGCCCGAACUUCCCGGCCCCGGCCGGCUGGCGGCCCGGCGCAGGCUCGGACGACGACGACCCCGUGGACGCCCACAGCGCGCCAGCGCCGCGCAACGCGCCCGGCGUGACGCGCAGCGGUGCGGCCCGGGCGCCGCCGCCGUACCGCCCGCGGCCGCCGUGGCGCGGACGACGACGUCGACGCCGCGGCGCCGCAGCGCCCCCCUGGCGGGACGUCGACGGCGCCGUGCGCUGCCGCGCGCAGCAACGACCGGGCCGGCGCGCAGGCGGCGGCGCAGGGCGCGGGGACCGCGGGGUCCGGCGCGCGAACUCCCUCAAUGCCGCGGCGGCGACGCCGGGCCGCCGGCCGCGCGGCGACGGCUACGACGGUGCGUCGCUGCAGUCGGUGCUCAGCACGCCGCCGCGGCGGCAGCGGGAGCAGCGGGAGCAGCAGCAGGGCGGCGAGCCGGUGUACCGCGCGCGCGUCGAGGGCCCCGCUGCGCUGAUCCGCGAGGUGCGUGCGAUGCGGGGGGAGUACGGACCGGGCCCGAGUCGGUUGUAUGAUGCGGCGUUCGCGGCGGAGGCGGCGGCGAUGGAGGCCGCGGGGGGGGUGUGGGAGGGCCGUGCACGCGGGGGCGUGGCAGGGUGGGUGGACGUGGGCGCGGACGCGGGGUCGUCUGCGGCGGAGGCGGUGCGGGACCCCGGGCGGCGGGGGCGUCCGGUGGGGGACGGGUUCGGUGGGGAGGGGCUGGGGGAGGUGUUGGCGGGCGCGCGGCGGCGGAGCGGCGGGCGCGGUGCGGGGGAGCCGCAGGAGCUGUCGGAGGAGGCGCGGCGGCGGUUUGUUGGGCGCGCGAUACGGGGGAGGAGUGUGCCUGACGUGUCGGACUGGGGAGGGGGGCUCGGGGAGAUCCUCGCGCCCGCGCACACGAGCGCCGCGGCGCCGGAGCCGGCUGCGCGGCCCGCGCGGUCGCAGCGGCGCCUCGCCGCGCGUGCGGAGGCCGCAGGCGCUGCGGCGCACCCUGCGCCCCGGCAGCCGCGCCGCAAUGCGGGGGCGGUCCGCCGCGCCCCCGAGGAGCAGUCGCAGUACAUCGCGGAGCUCAUCAGCGCCGCGGAGUCCGCGCUGGCGGCCGGCCGGCGCGCCAGCUGGGUCGACCCGCUCGCAGGCGCCGACGACAUCCCCGUCGCUGCGGAGGAGCCCGUCCCCGGGCCGGACGACCCGUUCUGGGACCCGGUGCCCCGGCGACGCUCGCCGCUCGCCCCGGCGAUGGUCCGGAAGCUCCUUGCGUUCAAGUACACCCCGGAGGCGUUCAAGAGUCAUACCAAGAGGGAACCGGUCCCGGACCCCCCCGCGCGUCCCAACGGCGCGCGCAUCCGGCGCCCGCACGUCAAGGGCGCGCGCGGGAAGCCCGCACUUCCGCCCGAGGCGCGCGGCGCCCGCCCGCCGCGCCCUGACAGGCGUGAAGACACCCCCCCUAUCUGGCGGUCGUCGUCGCGCGGGGAGGGCAGCGGCGCGGAGGGGACGAGCCGCGCGAGCGGCGCGGGGACGUCGGCCGGCGAGUCGUGCGCGGAUCCGGAGUGCGCGAUCUGUCUGGUGGAGUUCGAGGAGGGCCAGGCGCUGCGGUUGUUCAAGGGAUGCCGGCACGUGUUCCACGAGGAGUGCGUGUCGGAGUGGUUCAAGACGGGGGACUUCCGGUGUCCGAUGUGUCGGUGGGACCCCGCGGCGCAGGGGUGGGACAGUCGGGAGGUGUGA